GACAACUGUCUCGUGUUCAUACCGUCCAACAAGGUGGGAAAAUUAACACGAAUAAAUAAACAAGUUACAUUAUAAAUUCAAGACCUAGGCAACGCAAUGCUUACAAUGUGAAAACAAUGUCUGGGAUAAGUCCUGAUUGGGUGGAGAUCCUGGAGCCACGCUCUCGAGAGCACAUGUACCUGAACCUGGCCACCAGCGAAUGCGGCUGGAACCCUCCUUUGGGCACCGCCAUUCGUCAGGCCGAUGGUAACCAGUGGUGGGAGCUGUUUGACCCCCAGAGUGGCCGCUUCUACUACUACAAUUCCGUGGAACGGCGGACUAUCUGGCACCGACCCCAGGGGGGUGACAUAGUGCCCCUGUCUCAGCUACAGGCUAUGAAGCACUGUUCUGAGGCCAAGCGGGCCGGGGAGAGCAGAGAGAGGCACCAUGAGGCGGGGAGUACAGGCAGCCAGGGAUGCCGUACCCCUCUUCCAGAGCACCAUGGGGCAGGUAGCCUGGGGAGUACAGGCAGCCAGGGAUGCCGCACCCCUCUUCCAGAGCACCAUGGGGCAGGGAGCCUGGUCAGUACAGGCAGCCAGGGACGCCGCAUCCCUCUUCCAGAGCACCAUGGGGCAGGGAGCCUGGGAGUACAGGGAGCGCAGGGAUGCCGCACCCCUCUUCCAGAGCACCAUGGGGCAGGGAGCCUGGGGAGUACAGGCAGCCAGGGAUGCCACACCCCUCUUCCAGAGCACCAUGGGGCAGGGAGCCUGGGGAGUACAGGGAGCCAGGGAUGCUGCACCCCUCUUCCAGAGCACCAUGGGGCAGGGAGCCUGGGGAGUACAGGCAGCCAGGGAUGCCGCACCCCUCUUCCAGAGCACCAUGGGGCAGGGAGCCUGGGGCGCCGCACUUCUCUCCCAGAGCAGGAGAACUCCGUCCCCAAAACCCCUGAGACCAACAGCGAGAGUGAGACCACGGACAUAGGACCAGCUCAGGGAGGCAGCAGCUCGGAUGGAACUAAGGAGUCACUGAAGGAGCUCUCUCAGAGAUGGCAGCCUUCCCCAGUGUCUAAGGCAGCCAUAUUGGUAAAUGUGAACAGUGUCAGUCGGAUCCAGCCUGGAGGCCCAUCUAGCCCGGCCCUGCAACUCCGUCACCAUAACACACACACCAAGCCCAGUGGCCACCAGACCUUCACCCUCCUCCCCGUCAGCAGCAAGCCCCCGUGGGCACACGCCUGCUUUGCCCAGGGCUACAAGACCGCUCCCUCUGGCAAGAUGGCCGCCGAUGCCCACCACCUAAGGAAGACGGGCAACGGAAGAUUCUAUCUGGUGUCCUCUGACCCUCCCCAAACCCCAGGCAAUCUCAGAUCCCAGCUCAGCACCCCCAGGUCAGUGUCACCCCAGUAUGCCUCCACACUUCCCCUCUACGAUGACGCGGGAUCACAGUGUCCCAUCUAUGAUGAGCCUCCUGCGGACAUGGAGGUGGAGGGGGCUAACCUCCAUAAUGGGCCUGGUGGUCUGUCCCGCCUCACCCCCACACACAGCCUGCAGAAGCUCAGGCUCCUCCAGCAACCUGGCUCCUCUCAYUCAAUCUCUAGGCACAAGAGGAACCCCUCUGACUACAGUCCUGCUGGCCUGGAGGGCAUCAGGCACAUGGUCAAUGUGGACCCCAAACAGGCCCUUCUGUCCACCUCCCCUGGCCUCAACCGCACCCCCACCCCACAACCGGACCCCCWCUUGGCCCAGCCCCAGAGGGAGUCAGGGACCCCAGUGAUGCCAGGUAUCCUGGAGAAGAAGCAGACAUGGCGGGCCCUGGAGGCCAGUGUGUUGAGGGCAAUGGAGGCUCGCCACAACAGGCAGAGCAGCCAGGACUUCCCCACACCUCCAGGGCCCCGGACCACCACCACCUACCAGGACUCUGGCUACUCCACUGGGCCCUCACCCAGCCUGAGGAGGAAGAGCCGGCGGAGGUUGGGGGCCGGAGGGAGACCAGGCUCAGUGGGCAGCAGCGGGGACCUGUGUGCCCUCAACGAGAGGCUGAUGGUGGAGAUGAGGGAGGUGGUGAGCCGCUCCAACACCAUGAGGGAGAUGAAGGCUGGAGGCCUGGCGACGCGAGAAGACGUCCCCUCCGCCAGCCGUUUGCUGAGCAGAGUAGGUAAUCAUAGCAUCCCGGCCCUGGCGCCGCUGGAGAUGCCAGGAAGGCAGAAGAGGACCUAUGAGAAGGUAGACAGCCUGGAGAAGAGCAUCACAAGCCAAGCCAGCCUCUCCUCACCAGACACCCCCGGACCUCCCUCACAGGCGGGGACCCUGGAACUGAAGGCUCAGUUGGACAGCAGGAAGAAAGGUACGGUAGAUGGGCCAACAGGCUCACUGGGCCCCUACCACCAACGCUCCGUCUCCCAUGACAACAGAGAGGGAGGAGGAAUAGGAGGCUCCUACCACCAGCUCUCUUACGCCACACUGCGCCAGCCCCCGACCACAGACACCUCAGGCAUGGUGGACUGGGCCAGCAAGCACCUGAACAUGCACACCCAGGGCCUGUUCCGCCGCCGUGUCUCCAUCGCCAACAUGCUCUCCUGGAACCGCGGCUCCAUCAAGAAGCCCAUGCUGGUGACCAGCGACCGCGCYGUGAGGAAGGAGGCCUGUGAGAUGUUCAAGCUGGUCCAGGCCUACAUGGGAGACMGRCCCUCMCGSCURGACCGYCGCCACRCYGCCCUGCUCAUCRUCACYAAGUGCUGGGGCAYGCAGGGCCUGAGGGAYGAGCUGUAUGUGCAGCUGGUGAGGCAGACCACGGGCAACACCAGCCCAAGGAGCCUGGCUGCAGGCUGGGAGCUGAUGGCCGUCAGCCUGGCCUUCUUUGCCCCCUCGCCCAAGUUCCGCUGCUACCUGGAGGGAUACAUCCAGAGGCACUCGGAUCCGAGCAGCGACAAGAAACAGGUGACUCAGUUCAUACUAGAGCAGCAAGAAAUGAAACUGAAGAAGAACUCAAAGUCCAGAAAGAAACGGAAACAGAACACAGAUGAAGAAGGUCUACCUAUCAGCUCGUACGCAAAGUUCUGCUAUCGCAAACUACAGAAAGUGGCCAUAACUGGAGGCAAAAAGGGUCUUCGUAAGCCCACUCUGGAGGAGAUUGACCACAGCAGACGGGCCAUCGUGACCCCCUCCCUGUUCGGCAGCUCCCUGGACGAGGUGAUGGAGCGCCAGAGUGAACUCUUCCCAGACAGGACGCUACCCUGGGUACAGGUGCAGCUCUCCCAAUACGUCCUGGCACUGGGAGGGGCCCAGACCGAGGGCAUCUUCAGGGUGCCAGGAGAUAUCGAUGAAGUCAACGCACUUAAGCUUCAGGUCGACCAAUGGAGGAUCCCAGAAAACCUCUCAGACCCCAACGUACCUGCCUCCCUUAUGAAGCUUUGGUAUCGUGAGUUGGAGGAGCCUCUCAUCCCCAUGGCCUUCUACAAGCAGUGUGUCAGUAACUAUGAUGACCCUGUGGCAGCUGUCAAUGUUGUCCAGUGCCUGCCUGAGCUCAACAGACUGGUGCUGUGCUACUUCAUCCACUUCCUGCAGGUGUUUGCUCAGCCUGCCAAUGUGUAUGUUACUAAGAUGGAUGUCAAUAACCUUGCCAUGGUGAUGGCCCCAAACUGCCUCCGCUGCCAGUCUGAUGAUCCACUAAUCAUCUUUGAGAACACACGCAAGGAGAUGUCCUUCCUGCGCAUGCUCAUCGUUCACCUGGACACCACUUUCAUUGAGGGUGUUGUAUAGACUGACUCCUGCCUUCCCUGACAUCAUAUGCCCCAUGGUUACAGAGAGAUUCACUCUGCUUUUCUGUAUGAAGCCUGCCCCACUCCAUUGACUGGUCUGAAAGCACAAAGCAGCAACACAUGCACUGGAAAAUCAUACUAUAUGUUACGAAUUUGUUGUGCUUAAGAUCCUGGAGUGCAUCUUUAAUACUGUCACUUGACAUUGGACCCACCCUCUGUUCUACUUUCUGGCUGCAGAACAAUACAUACUGUAUGUGCUGACUGCAGAGGAGACAUUGUGUUCUGUGAUGGAAACCCCACAAUGAUGACACUCAAAAAGACUACAAAUGACUUCACAUCAUAGGUACCGUUUUUUUUAUCCAGUUCGUUUUGAUGACUUUUUUUAACUGCAUGUAAAAUCUAAAUGUCAUUAUGACUGAAUGUGAAGUGCUAUUGUUUCACUGGAUAUGUGGGCUGUGCAGAAGGAGUUUCAUAUGGUUUGUAUAGGAUGGACUUUGUCGUCAGGAAACAGGGCAACUGACAAACAGACCCGGGGUCUCUGCCUUAUUUAUAUCUACAUAGAAAUCAUGUUGAUAUUUGGCCUCUUUUGUCGGACUGUGUGUGUUUUUGCAUGCGUGUGUGUGUGAUGAGGRGGAAAAUAUAUUUAAAAUGUCUCAUUGGAAAUAAGCUUGUCUGUGAUGUUUUAGUAGUUGUAUUAACAAGAGCCUGCAUUAGUCUCAAUGCUAUGUUGAUGAUUUUAUCUGAAGCGGCAGAGUACCACCACAGCUAUUUUAAUAUACUGUACAGCCAGAGCCUACGUGUCAAAGUACAAACUGUAAGAAAUAAGACCAUGUGUUUUGGAGCUUAUGUAAAAUGCCCUAUUUUAGUGAUCUGUGGAGAGAAUGUUCUGCAUUAAAAACCUUCUGGUGUUAAACUGCUGAGGAAGGAGGUUGUAAAUGUAUACUGUCUGGUAUGUGUUGUACUGUACUGUGUGUAUGGGAGAUCUAUUCAAGGCGAUAAACCAAUAUCUCAUUGAAAAGAGGCAUAAACAAAUGUACAAAGUACUACUGUCACAUUUUCUUUGUGGUCUGUAGAUAUCUU